UAAAGACUAAACAUAUAAAAUGUUAUUUUACUUGGUGUUGAUAGUUCUUUGUUCUUCAGUGCAUAUUGUUGAAUUGAGACGUUUCAUUGAAGUUGGAAAUCGAAACAUUUUUCCCAUUUGGAUUGAAACGUUGGCCAAUGCCAAUGGACCCAAAUUAUCAAACGAGAUAGUUAGAAUCAAUCCUGGCGGUCGAAUUAAAUAUGAGAUAAGCGUUAAUGGAUGGGCUGGAAGACUUUGGCCAAAGUUUAACUGCAACAAUAGUGGUGCAAAUUGUGAAUUUGGCCAAUCGAUUCCACCAUGUCCCGCACAAGGUUGUCAUCCACCCGCUGAUACCAAAGUGGAAUUUUUUUUCCCAUCAGAAAAUAGUGCCGAUCGAUCGUUUUAUGACAUCAGUUUGGUCGACGGCUAUUCAUUGGCGAGUGAAAUUAUUCCUGUGCAAAACGGCAUACAAUUUCAAAGCGGAACAUGUGUACGAACUGAUUGUCGAUUAUCAGUGAAUCAGUGCCCACACAAUGAACGAAGUGGCUUAGGCGAUUUAACUGUAAAAGGAAGAAGUAAUAAUCCUGUAGCCUGCUUAUCGCCAUGCAAAAAAUGGAACUAUCCAGCACCAUUUGGAAAAGGCCGUAACGAGCAAGAAGGUGAUGGACGUUUACUUUGUUGUCCCAGUCCAGUUUCAGUUCAGGAAUGUAGACGCGGAAUCGUUGUACAAACAGAUUAUGUGAAUCUUGUUCAUCGCAAUUGUCCCACUGCAUACAGUUAUUCAUAUGAUGAUGAAGGUGGCUCACAUGACUGCUCAUCAGAUACGAGUUUCGUUGUGAACUUUUACUCUUGAAAAAAAUACACAACAUUUACAUUAAAGAAAUCUCGAUUCAUUAGCAUAAAAAUGUGUGAAAUAAUUUAAGAUUUGAAGUAAUAUUUGAUCUUUUUGU